CCUCUUGGCCCCAUCCUUCAUCUUCUUCUUGGCGCGCUCUUCCCCAGAGUGGGACUCGUACGCCAGCGAGACCGCUCCUUCGUGUGUCUGUGUGCGUUUGGUUGAUUCCUCCGUGUCAGUGGGAAAUCCACGAUAGCCGCAGACCAUCAUGUUGACCCUGGUGGCGCUGGCGUCCCUCCUCGUCCUGGCUGCAGUGCCCAAGCCCUCCCAGGCCAUCGUGAUUUACACGGGCUGGGAGCGUCACGCGUUGGUGGGCAGUGAUGUCCGACUGUCUUGCUCAUUCUUCUCAUGGCGAUGGACGUCCGAGGACGUCUCCUUCUCGUGGACGUACCGACCCGAUGGAUCCAGGGACAGCAUCUCUAUCUUCCACUACACUCGGGGCAUGGCCUACCUGGAUAACAAAGGUCCCUUCAGGGAUCGGCUGGAGUUCGUGGGAGACCCGUCCCGCCGCGACGGCUCCAUCCUGCUCAAGAACUUGGAGUUCAGCGACAACGGAACCUUCACCUGCGACGCCAAGAACCCGCCCGACAUCGUAGGCCGGGCCUCCAGCGUGCGCCUACUCGUCUUUGAAAAAGUGCCCAUCCAGGCGGGUGUGAUCACGGGCUCGAUUGUGGGCGCGGUGCUGGGCCUGCUGCUGCUCAUCGUGGUCAUCUACUACCUGAUGCGCUUCCUGGUGGCGCGCCGCGUCUUCAGCCUCAGCGUCAGCAAACACGGCAAGAAAAAGAAGGAGGGAUCACAGCAGAGACAGGGCCCCGUGCCGCCGGCCGACACCGCCAAGCCAAAGGCCUCGGAGAAGAAGAAGCCGGAAUCCCGCAAGGAACGCAAAUAGGAUACGGGGCCGGGCCGGGGCACGCUCCUCGGGCGACUGCUCUGGCCCUGGUGGGAUGGGCGGACCGGUGAAAGGGAGGGGGUGUCAGCAGUCGAGGAGGCCGCCGGCCGGGUGCUUAUGACCAUCGAGCUGGAGCUGACGCGUAAGAAUGGCCAGGAGGGCUUGGUCGGCGGCCACCCCGAAGUGCCCGGCCUCCUUUCUCGUCUUGCCCGGCGACUGGCCCUCAAAUAAGUGGACUGGCCCUUGCGAAGGGUGCGGGAGGGGGGGUGCCACCUAUAACAAAUGAGCGCAAUGGUAUCUACAGAGCUGAGAUUUAUAGUUCCUGUGUCGCCGUUAUCUUGUUUUGAUGACACUGAUGCCACCUUGCUUGUGCCCCCACUCCACAUGGGCGUCGCCCUGCUUCCUGCACCCAGUGCAACUGUUUCAAAAUUCUCUUCUAACCACUGUCUUCUCUCUCUUUCCCCCACCCUUCUUCUUCUUCUUUUCUUAGAUAAAGGUCUGACUCCUCAGUGACGCCUCCGCCUUUCUACUCUGCCUGACGCGUCCCCCUUUCCCAACCUUCUCCUUUCCACUCUGCCGUCAUUACUCGCCAUUAUCUCUCCUCCUUUAGGGCAGGCUAGAGGAAGAAUAGACACUCCCCACUCGCCCAAUUCCCGCUCUGUCAGUGGUAGCGUCAAAUAAUUUCUUUGCAGGAGUCCCUUUAUGCACUCACCGGGCCACGCGUAAAAAAAGUGUUUAAGGUCUAACGACGCUCAUAACCGGCGCCGCGGGAACCUGCCGGACACCCUUUGGGCCGCCUGGCGUCUCCUCAAUCUUCUUCCCUUUAUGACUCAAUCUGGCCGAGAGCAUGUGACGAGGACCCGGAUAGACCACAGGGCAGCAUGAGAUAGCUAGAGAGAAAAAAGAUUUGGUAUACUCUUUAAAAUAAAAUCGUCACAAUAAUGAGAUUUAAUUUUGGAAAAGUCAGAAAGCUGUGAGUAUAAGGAAAGACAUUCAAUUAGUCAAGAAAAAUGUAAUAUGGUGGAACAUGAGUGAGAUUAUAGACUGAAAACUAUCAGAAAUUUGUGAAAACAAUUCCCGCUGAAAAAAAAAUUGCAUGGGUAAAAUUGGAACAAGACCAAUGUUUUUUGCAAAAACAGUAAUCAUUUCAUAAGAACAAAAUUGUAUACUUGCCAUAAUUUUAGUCUGUUUUUUUGUGGCUAAAAACUAGAUUAAGAUUUUAUUUUCUGUGGCGAAAAAAAAUCCCUUCUGUGUCAUAUAUUUUCCAGAAAAUUUGAUACCUUUAAGCCAAAAUAUUAUGAAAGUCAAUAAAACAACAAAAAAACAUGAAGCCAUAAUUUUCCAGACAAUAUACGGUAUUACAGCAGCAUUAAUUUAACCCCAAAAUCUUUUUUAAAAAAUGAUGUUUUUGUGAAAAAGUCAUAUCAAUUUUAGCCAAGCUAAAAGUUCAAAUUUUGGAAGGUAAAUUCUUGAUGAGUUGCUAAAAAUUAAAAUUCUUAAGAAAUUCUUAGGAAAAAUGUAGUCACACUAUUUGACUCAAUAUGGCUUUCCCUCAAUGAAAUUGUAAGAGCCAUUUUUGUCAAUUUUAGUGUUGUCUCGUCUCGGCUGCAGACGGCCUUACGCAGAUCCUUCCGGCCCCUGCCAGAUAUUAAUGCCGUCUAUUUCUGUCCGCCUUUACAGUAACAGCUGCAAAUUUCUUAGAGGUAUCGGUGUUAUCGUGGCAGGUCUGAUUUAUUGUCCGCUUUUUCGCCCGGUGUGCUGGCCACCGUCGAGCAAAGAAUGAAGUAGGACGGGAGCCGCUUCAGAUGGCAGCGCCUUCCCUUUUACCCCCAAACAUCUCACCACCGUCCGUCAUGUCCUCGUCACGUUUUUUUUUUUUCUCUCCGCCGCACAAAAUAGGAUGAUCCGCUCAGCUCGUUAAGCCUCUCCCUUAUCGGACUCACGGUUCCGUCCUCCCUUUGCCUCGACUCGCUCAUCCUUCAAAUGACCCGACCCUCCUUUCACUCUCUCGGCGAGCUUUGCCAUUUCGCUCUCCUUCCUCUCACUGUCCUGUCUUUUGUUCAAAGCUUCCAACCCUGACUGGCUUCUGCGCGUAAAGCCACAUUUCCACCAAAAGGUCAAGUUCAGUUCAGCUCACCUUUGGAAGGGCAACUCUGAACCGACUCGUGCUUUUUGCGCAGUGACAAAUUAUAGUAGUUGUAAGUGUAAAGUUUGUUAAUUGACAGUCAUCAAGCUUUAAAAACCGCCAUCGACGAUGAUAGAUUUUCCAACCCAUUUGAAUUAAGUGAUGAUGCAAUGAAAGCCAGUGAGAUAAAUGAAAACUACGACAUUAGUUUCAUGUCAGAAUUAAGGGGCAGUUUACAUGGCGACUCUGCGACACGAAGACGCAAUGACUGUUUUGCGGAGUUGCCUCGCGUGCAUAUAAAGUCGGCGAAGACGAAAGGGGAAGACGAAAAAUUCUGAAUCCUGCCUCCCAAGUGGAAGAAUUCCAUUGCGGGGGAUUGAGGGCGGCUAUCUCCGCAUACAUAUCAAAGGCUCCCGCGGCGCGACACCGCGCCGAUAACGUCAGCACUCGUACACGUCACAUUGGACGUGCGCAGCAGCGCUACUAAACAUUAAAAACAGCAAAUAAAUGGCGGAAUGUCGGCUUUAAUUUACUGUUUUAAUAAUAUUUUUCAAUGAAAUAUGUUGAAUGUUUUCAUUUUUGUGCCUUUUUCAACAAAAGAAAAAUGCCUUCGCUUCGAGUGGGCGGGCAUAUUUUAUUCCGAGCCGAGGAACUUUGGUCGGGUCAAAGUGCAUCAUUAGGUGUCGCCUUGUAAAUCUGCACUGCCCCCUUGGGCCUGGCAUGAUUACUACAUCGUUUUCAUGCGGAAUUGCAACAUUGUUCGAGUGGAGACAGGCCCAUACAAAUGCAAACAUGAAAUUUUUCGUCUUCUCGGAGAGUCACCAUGUAAACGGCCCCUAAGUCUGUCAUUUUUUAUUCACCGGAUCAGUCAAGCUGACAAGUUAAACCAACUUGAUUGGAUGCCUUCUUAACUGUCACGUUCCCCAGGAAGAAUUCCACCUAAAAUAUAUCACAACAGCCAUGCUUGCUGCACUGAUUCCUCUGCCUCUAGGGGGCAGAGUAUUCUCUUGCCCCCUGCAUGCACAGAAGGGAGAGUCGACAGAAAACCCCUACGACUGAAAACCUUAAUUGCCAAUACAUGACAAGGAUGCGCAUGUUCUUUUAAGUUUUCUCACUUUGUUAGGCCAAAUUCAUAUGAGACGGAGUGCGUAUCUGCAUCACCUAGCAACCAACUUGAUCGGAGGAUUUUAGACUUUUCAAGUUGUUGCGAGGCAAAAUCUAGUAAGACCAAAAAAACUAUACGGGGGAAUUCUUUGUCGAAUGGACUCAAACGUAUUUGUGUUGCGAACAGUUAUUUUUUAAAAGACGAGUUGGAACGAGCGACGCUACUUGGUGGAAAUGUGUUUCACAGUGUAUGUUAUGCUAAGCAAAGUUGCAGAGAUUUUUUGGAUAUGUACAAGGUUUUGCGAUGCUUCGUUCUUGGUUGUGUGAUGGUCUUCUAAGGUGCACCAAUAAAGCAAACUAAGGGCCAAACGACAGCUCGGCAGACGUCGAGUUUGGAAACGGCCGAGACUUGAAUGUUCCUUUUAAAAAUUCCUAUUUGGAAUGUUCCUGCUUGUACUAUUAAUAAUUUUAGGAGUGAUGUAACAUUCCCUCAUUUGAAUUGACUGUAGCUUUUUCUUUUUUUUUUCUUCUUUUUUUUCUUUUUGUUGUUAUUUUUACAUUUAUUUAAUGUAACGCUUGUCAUGCUAAUUGAAUAUGUAAUAUGUUGGCGAAAGUACAUGAAUAAAACAUUUAAGCCCA